GAAAUUGAGCUGCAGUUCCGAAGUAGAGACACUGACUAUUCAUAGUAUGUUGAAGUAUUCUAGUAAAAUAACCCUUUUGGACCACACUAUCUGCCACAUUGAAGAACUCUGGGUCAAGUGAGUCAUCACUUCUACAUCUAAUCAGCAAUCAUAGGAUUCAUUCAUGCUGCUUAGAUGCCAGGUCAGGGUUACAUACAUUUUCUGUCAUGGUCUCUGGACCCCCUGAAGUAGCCUUUGCCACCCCAUGUAUAAAACUCUAGUUCUGCCUGUGUCUAAGUAGUGAAAACUAUCAUACGGUAUGAAAGUGAACAAUGCGCCAUUGCUGAGCAAUGCUUCAAAAUCUAUUUUUACAACACUGUAGGCUAAUAAAAUUCCUGCUAUGGCUGUCCCAUGCGGGCGCACGCUACGCUUGUGGCCAGUCGCACUGUCGGCAGGUGGAGUCUCUUCUUGGUGCGCACUGAUUAACCUCCCACUAUCCUUGCCGAGGAUAAAAAUGUGACAAGAUUCAUUUUCAGUAUCAAACCCUGCUGUUGUAACAUUCUAGAUAUGACUAGCUCCAACAAAUCCGCUGUGGACAUUGCGCACGUCUACAGGGGGACGUUUGUGCACUCCACCGAUCACACAGCCGUGGAAAUUCUGGAGGAUAGGCUUCUGGGAGUGGACACAGAGGGGAAGAUUGCCUUCAUUGGGAGUGGGCAGGAAGUUGACAGUCUGUCAAAGAAGUGGGGGUUUGAGGCCUUGGCUGUUACACAGCUUGGACAGCAUGAGUUCUUCAUGCCAGGGAUGGUGGACACCCACAUCCACGCGUCUCAGUACAGCUAUGCAGGCACAGCCCUGGACCUGCCCCUGCUACAGUGGCUCAACACGUACACCUUCCCAGUGGAGGCCUGCUACAAAGACUUGGAGUUCGCCCGCAACGUCUACACCCAUGUCGUGAAAAGAACCCUGAGAAACGGUACCACUACGGCUUGUUACUUUGCCACCAUACACACCGACGCUUCUCUCCUGCUGGGCCAAAUCGCAAAUGAUUUUGGACAGCGUGCUCUUGUGGGCAAGGUGUGUAUGGAUACAAACAACUUUGUCCCACAUUACAGAGAGACGCCAGACGAGUCCCAUGACGAAACCAACAGGUUCAUUAGUGAGAUGUUGAAGAAGAAGUACCCCCUUGUAAUGCCAGUGGUGACCCCGCGCUUCGCCCUGUCUUGCUCUACUGCCCUGCUGGGUCACCUGGGAGAGAUCGCCAAGAAUAACCACCUUCACAUCCAGAGUCACAUCAGUGAGACGAAGGAGGAGGUGAAGCUAGUGAAGGAACUGUUCCCAGACUAUGACUCCUACACAGACGUCUACCACAAACACAACCUUCUCACUGACAAGACUGUGAUGGCUCACGGUUGUCACCUAACCGAUGAAGAGCUGAAGCUGUUCAGAGAGAAAGGGGCGUCCGUCGCUCACUGUGCCAAUUCCAACAUCUCGUUGUGCAGUGGUAUGCUAGAUGCCCGCAGGGUUCUGAACCACAAAGUAAAGCUGGGGCUGGGCACAGAUGUGGCAGGAGGCUACUCUCCCUCUAUGCUGGAUGCUGUGCGGAGAACGUUGGAUACCUCUAAAGCCUUGACCAUCCAGGACCCCCAGUACCAAACGCUCACCUUCGAGGAGGUCUUCAGACUGGCCACACUGGGAGGCAGCCAAGCCCUGUCCCUGGAUGAGCAUACGGGAAACUUUCAGGUAGGGAAAGACUUUGAUGCUCUGCGGGUGAACACGGCCAUAGCAGGAGGACCAAUUGAUCUCAUCAACCACGGAGAGGGGCCUAAGGUGCUCCUGGAGAAGUUCUUGAAUUUGGGGGAUGAUCGGAACAUUGCGGAGGUGUACGUGGCAGGGAAGAGAGUGGUUCCAUUCGUGGAAACAACAUAGACAUAGGUUUGGUUGCUGGAUUGUUGUCAUCUUGUUACCAUCUGUCUGAACCCUCUACCAGUUUACCUGACUGCUGUUGUAACAGGACAGGAGGUGAUGAGGAAAAUGUAUUCAACGAGAGGGAUUAUUACUCUAUAUACAGUGUGUGUGUUUUCAAUCAUCUAGUGUAAUUACAUACAGUUAAAUUCAAUGGAUGAUAUUGCUGCUCAUCGUGAAGUUCAGCGUGAAUCCUAUGUUGUCAUACUUAUGUCGUAACCCAAAGAACGUCAUUGUCUGUUGUUUUUGUUAUUUCAAAGUCGAGGGAAAUGUGUGUGUUCAUGAAUGUAGGUUUAUUCAAUUCAAUUAACUUUUAUUUCCUGAGAGGGAACUUCACCUAUGGUGACGGCUUGAUAUUAACAAGAUAUAUAACAACACAGCAACAUAGAACACGAAAACAUGUGCAGUAUAAUAGAUUAGAUGCAAUCAUAGGCCAUAUACAAACACACAUAAAAAUGUCAAGGGUUGAAGAGUUUGAUGGAUGAUGGCACAAAACUAGAAGCUGCUCUCUUAGACUUUGUAUGCCAGAGAUCUAUGUCUCUGCGCCAGGAGGGAAAGGGAGUUGUACUGGUCCAAGACUUAUCUCCGUUUUUUUUUCGAGAGUUUUCACACCUGGAGGCAAAGGUUUUAACACAUUAUUGAUAGUGGUUCCAUGAUAAAGUGUAGGGUUAUAUGAAAAUAUAGAGUCUGAACACUGCAAACAGCAUAGCUUUAAAAUUAUUUUGUUAAAGCAAACAUUCCUCCAAGCCAGAUAUUUUCCCCGUCUCACUCGCACACAGAUCUACUGCACUGUAGACCCAUCUGUGUGUGACAGAUGACGAGCUAGAAGUGACCAUGUCCAUUUGACAGCCUACCAUAGCACAAUGUGGGAUGUCUGUCAUAGACAGGUCCACUAUAAAGACUACAGAGAUUCGAGUUUCUGGUCCACAGCAAACACACCCCAUUAUUUGUCAUAAUUGUCAGCUGUGUUUAAUUUGAGCUGCUGGAACGGGAGUGUUACCUUCCUUCUUCAAGAGGUCACCAAUGAACCAAGAGCAACACACACAACCGUUUUGGGACUGUUUCGUUCUGGAACCUAUUUAGCUGGAUCGCAAUAAUUAAAAUAGAGAAUGUCAAAGUAGCCUGUCAUUACGAUCAUUUAUGCGGUAUUAAAACAGAUUCUGCCAAAGUCUCCAGUUGUGUAAAAUGACUGAGGUAACGUUUCAAGUUGGAUAUUCAACAGAUAUUUGCGCUUUCAAACCUCAAUAGCUUUCAAACCACUUGAGCCACAGAUUCCAAAUAAGUGUCAUGAUGUUGGAAAAAUUGCACACAUUGCGCAGGUCUUAUUUUCACGAUUUGGACAUUUUAAUUUGUUUUCCAAAGCUAAAAAAAACGUGGAAAUGUGAGAAGGAUUUUGUAUUCCUAGUUGAGUGAGUUAGGGCGUGUAAACAGUUUACAUUUGAAUUUCAAUAGCUCUUUGGUCAUGUGACCUACUUGACUCAAACAAGGUUCAGAUUGUCCACUGACUACCCUUCUAUAUUGCACAUCCUUUGGUUGGUUCAUUUUCAUCUCACACGUGGACAUUCUGAAGUUCGUUUGAGUCCAGUAGGUCACAUGACCAAGGAGCUAUUGAAAUUCAAAUGUGAACUGUUUACACUCCCUAACUAACUCAACUAGGAAUACAAAAUCCUGCUCACAUUUCCACGUUUUUUUUUGUUUUAGCUUUGGAAAACAAAUUUAAAAUGUCCAAAUCACCCCUUAGUUUGUCCAUUUUCAUCUCUCUUGAUUUUACAUUAAUUUUUUAGAAUUUAAAACUUCAAUAGCUCCUUGGUCAUGUGACCUACUGGACUCAAACGAACUUCAGAAUGUCCACAGACUAGCCUUGUAUAUUGCACACUCUUGUUUGUGUACUGUAAAAUCACGCAGUGUAAUGUACAUUAUACAUAACUACAUAAUUGGUAGUUCUAAGUACUUAUUUUCCCUGUUUUUUAUUUUGCCACAGUAUUUAACAGCGGUACACAAUAGGAGAGAGACGGAUAAUAUCUAUUUAACAGCGGUACACAAUAGGAGAGAGACGGAUAAUAUCUCCUUUCAUCGUUAAUAUCAACCAUAAAGGAAAAUGGCAAAGUACGAGAGUCAUUGUCCAAAGCAGGAAUGUAGAGUGAGCUAUUGAGGUAGGCUGCAGUGGGUUUGCUGGGCAAUACAUAUAUAUACUGAACAUGUAACCACAGUAAUGGUGGCCAGAAAAUCAAUGAAUAAAAAUGUUAUAUUGACAAAUUAAACAAAGUGUAGAUCUUUAAUCUUCUCCAACAUGUCAAGAGGCACUUUACUUCACAUAAGUACAAAACAUUUCACAGUGUUAACUGUCACUUUAUCCCUGGUUGAUGUACAUUUCAGAGCCUCUUCAGUGUGGAUUGGGUAUAGCAUACAUUUUCAACAACAAAGACAGUUUGUGUUCUUUACUCUGUUGAACUCUUGUCUUCAUUCCUAGUUUCAGCACGUGGAACCAACGUUGGCAUGCAAAACAUUCAAUCUAAAACAAAACAAAGCGUAACACGUUAUAAAUAAUAUCAAAUAUCAACGCAGUACGACGAAUUAGCCAUCCAUUGUGUUAUAUCAUAAAUUGUCUUACAUGCCACCACUGUUGUCAGAAACAUGUUAAAUAAAGUUACUAACCCAGUCA